CGCACGCGGAGCGGGCAUGGCGGAGUUCCGGGCGCUCGGGCUGGCGCCGUGGCUGGCGGAGCAGGCCAGGCAGGUGGGGCUCGUCCGGCCCACGCCCGUGCAGGCCGCCUGCAUCCCGGCCGUGCUGCAGGGCCGGGACUGCCUGGGCUGCGCCAAGACGGGCAGCGGGAAGACGGCGGCCUUCGUGCUGCCCGUGCUGCAGGUGCUGUCCGAGGAUCCCUACGGCAUCUUCUGCCUCGUGCUGACGCCCACCAGGGAGCUGGCGUAUCAGAUCGCCGAGCAGUUCCGAGUGCUGGGCAAACCCCUGGGCCUGAAGGAUUGUGUGGUGGUGGGCGGCCUGGACAUGGUGGCCCAGGCCCUGGAGCUGUCCCGCAAGCCCCACGUGGUCAUCGCCACCCCCGGGCGCCUCGCUGACCACCUGCGCAGCUCCAGCACCUUCAGCCUCAAGAAGCUCAAAUUCCUGGUGCUGGACGAGGCUGACCGGCUGCUGGAGCAGGGCUGCGCCGACUUCACCGCCGACCUGGAGGUGAUCCUGGAGGCCGUGCCCGCCCGCCGGCAGACGCUGCUGUUCAGUGCCACCCUCACGGCCACCCUGACGGAGCUCAGGGCCCUGGCUGCCAACAGGCCCUUCUUCUGGGAGGCUGCAUCCGAGGUGCGCACGGUGGAGCAGCUGGAGCAGCGGUACCUGCUGGUGCCCGAGGCGGUGAAGGAUGCCUACCUGGUGCACCUGGUGCAGACCUUCCAGGACGAGCACGACGACUGGGCCAUCAUCAUCUUCACUAAAACCUGCAAGGACUGCCAGGUGCUGAACAUGAUGCUGAGGAAAUACAAAUUCCCCUCUGUGGCUCUGCAUUCCAUGAUGAAGCAGAAACAGAGAUUUGCAGCUUUGGCCAAGUUCAAGUCCAGCAUCUUCAAGAUCCUCAUCGCCACUGAUGUCGCUGCCAGAGGUUUGGACAUUCCUGCAGUCCAGGUCGUCAUCAACCACAACACCCCCGGGCUGCCCAAGAUCUACAUCCACCGCGUGGGGCGGACGGCGCGCGCGGGGCGGAAGGGCAUGGCCAUCACGCUGGUGACGCAGUACGACAUCCACCUGGUGCACGCCAUCGAGGAGGAGAUCAAGCUGAAGCUGAAGGAGUUCUCCGUGGAGGAGCAGCUUGUGCUGGACAUCCUGACCCAAGUGAACGUCACCAGGAGGGAGUGUGAAAUCGAGCUGGAGGGGAUGGAUUUUGAUGAGAAGAAAGAAAUCAAUAAGAGGAAACAGAUGAUCCUUGAAGGGAAGGACCCAGACCUGGAGGCCAAAAGGAAAGCAGAGCUGGCCAAGAUCAAGAAGAAAAACAAGGAAUGUCGGGAGAAGGUGCAGCAGACCCUGGAGAGGAAGAAGCAGCUGCAGCUGAAGAGGAAAUUGCAGAAGAGGAUGGAGAGGAGGAAGAGGAAGAUGGAGAAGGAGAAGGAGGAGCAGUGACAUCCCUGGGCCUGGCCUGGCCUGCUCUGCUUUGGGAAUAUUGGGAUUUAACACUUUAAUAUGGACAUUCCUGACCUGAAAUCGGUGUUGGGGAGAAGGGAAGAAUCCCAGAAUCCCGGGAUGGUUUGGGUUGGAAGGACCUUAAACCUCAUCCAGUUCCACCCAGGGUGUUCCAAGCCCUAUCCAGCCUUGGACACUUCCAGGGAUUCCCAGCUUCUCUGGGAAUCCAUCCCAGCCCCUCCCCAGCCUCACUGGGAAGAGUUUUCAUCCUCCUGCACAGCUGGGGCCAUUCCUGGCAGGCUGGGUCGGUCUCCUGCAGGAUUCCUUUCAGGAGGAUCUUUCCUUCCUGGAGCAAAGGAGAGGCCAGGCCUGGAUUCCUGCUGGGAUAAAGCUCCCCUGUCCCUGCCCCUUCCGAGGGCUCUGAUUGCCACUCACACUUGUUUGGAUCAACAGAUUCUCCCCUGAGCCAGAGUCUAAAAAUACUGGGACGAGCUGAGCUCAGCAUCUGUGCCAGAGCCUGGAGUUUUCCGAGGGGAAAAUUCCUGGAACACAGGGGGGAGGUUGUGUAAGGGCUGAUCCUGGGACUUUGGGAAUAAUCCUGCUUUUGCAAUAAUCCUUGUAUGUUUAAGGUUUGGAGACAGGGCCCCGUUUUCCUGAAUUUCCAAGAUCGUUCCUGCACAGAAGAGCCCCAGGAGCAGGAUUCCCUUGGUCCUUGUUCCAUCCAGAGAAACCAGAGUUGGGUUUGGGGCCUCCCUGGGUGUGUUUGGAACAGGGUUAGGCUGGGGAGGGCUGAGCAAUCCUAAAAUCCAGUUCUGUUUCCCUCUGGAGACAAAAAAAAUCCCAGAUUUUGGCCAGCUCUGUCCCAGCUUCGAUCCUCAGUGCCUUUUCUCUGACUGAAACCCUGUUAUUUCUGUCCUGUACAAAAACAGUGGCUGUGGCCCGUGCCCAAAUAAAUAUUUAUUGCUGCA